UUUAGGCCCAGGCACAAAUGACAAUAGACAAAAAAAUGACAACCAAUUCCUUUUCUUUAUCUUCCUCAUCUUCUCUCUUUUCCUCAGCUCUACUUCCUCCCGCCGGCGGUAACCUUCGCCGUCUCUUCCACUUCCGGCAGCCACUCACUAUCACCGCCGCCGGCGCCACUUCUUUUUCAGUGGCAUUUCCAAAGAAAAAGCACUGGAAACAAGGUGAAUAUCCUGGUUUUACUGAACAAACUGGGUCCCAUAACAAGAAAAGAACACCUAUUAAGAAUAUUAAGAAAAAAUUGGACAGAAAAAAUAAUGCUACAGCUUGGGUUAAUACUGUUACUGAAGCUCUCUCUGAUCAUAUUGAUAAAAAACAAUGGCUUCAAGCGCUUCAGGUAUUUAAAAUGUUAAAGGAACAACCCUUUUAUCAAUUGAAAGAAAGUACGUACAUGAAGCUUCUUGUUCUUCUUGGGAAAUGCGGGCAGCCAGGGCAAGCACAGCAACUUUUUGACACAAUGAUUGAAGAGGGAUUGGAACCCACUACAGAAUUCUAUACAGCCUUGGUUGGUGCUUACUGUAGAAGCAACAUAAUUGACAAGGCAUUUACUAUUCUUCACCGGAUGAUCGAGCUCCCUCAUUGUCAGCCAGAUGUUUAUACAUACAGUAUAUUAAUUAAGGCAUGUGUGGAUGCAUCCCGAUUUGAUCUGGUUGAGUCUCUUUAUGAACAAAUGGCUGAACGUUCCGUAGUUCCUAACACCGUCACUCAAAAUAUAGUCUUGAGUGGUUACGGGAGGGCAGGGAAAUAUGAAGAAAUGGAGAAAGUGCUUUCAGGAAUGCUUGAGAGCAUGAGCAGCAGACCUGAUAUAUGGACAAUGAACACUAUUCUGAGCUUAUUUGGCAACAAGGGGCAGAUUGAAAUGAUGGAAAAAUGGUAUGAAAAAUUUCGUAGUUUUGGUAUUGAUCCAGAGACGCGAACAUUUAAUAUCCUUAUUGGUGCUUAUGGGAAGAAAAGGAUGUAUGAUAAGAUGUCAUCGGUGAUGGAGUACAUGCGUAAACUCUCAUUUCCAUGGACAACAUCAACUUACAACAAUGUCAUCGAGGCGUUUUCAGAUAUAGGUGAUGCAAAGCAUAUGGAGUACACAUUUGAUCAAAUGCGUACUGAAGGCGUGAGAGCCGACACCAAGACAUUUUGCUGUCUCAUUAGAGGAUAUGCAAAUGCAGACCUUUUUCCUAAGGUGAUCAACACUGUCCAAUUAGCAGGGAAGUUGGAGAUCCCUGAAAACACUUCUUUUUUCAAUUCUGUUAUUUAUGCUUGUGCAAAGGCAGAGGACUUAGUGGAGAUGGAGAGAGUUUUCAAGCGAAUGAAAGAUAAGCAGUGCCGACCAGAUGACACAACUUACUCUGUUAUGGUUGAUGCAUAUAGGAAGGAAGGUAUGACAGACAAAAUCUAUGAUUUGGAGCAAGAAAAGCAGAUGAUGUCUGCCUCAAAGUUCAAUGACAGUGUUAGUGGUGACGAGAAGCAAGAGUUAAUGCCUACUUGAAAACUGAAUAUGCAAUUUAAUUUGACAAUGCAUUAGAGCGCCAAAGCUACAUCAUUAGUGGUUUUCUACUGAGCUGUAGAGUGAUAAAAUUACUCAGCUGUCGCCUUGUCAGUUAGUUUACGAAGAGUUGGAACCUAAGCCAUGAAUGGAAAACUGUUACCGUAUCAGCGUAACCUCAAUAUAGUGUCAUGUGGUAUUUGCCAUGUUUGUUCUCUGACUUAGUAUCAGUAGUCUUGUUUUCCAAGCUAGCUCUUUAUUAUGUCAAGAAUGCUGCAUUUGAAGCUCCAAGCUGGUUGUGCUGUUCUGUACUUUUUGGUUGUUGCUUUUUAUCGUUCAAAUACCAAUUCAGCAUUUUCCUAUUUUUGUUAUAUGAAGGAUUAUCGGAAA